AUGAAAUUGACGAAAGAGGCGAUUUCGCGACAAGUAUCUACAGCGACCUCCAUCGAAGAGGAUUUCGAACACCUCAAAAAGGAACAAGUGUUUGAAGGCGAUCCAGGAGAUCUGCUGAUGAUUACUGGAAGACUUCAUCUGGCGGCGAAAGUCAGCAAGGAGCGUUAUCUCGCUCUAUGCACAAGCUAUUCGCUCCUCAACAAGUGCUACGCUCUCAGUCACCAAGAAGGGCAAGAAGAAAGAGAUCGCAACUUCGAUGAGUCCGCAUUGCAAGAAAUGAACGCCCACAUAAAAGGAUUGGACAAGCUUAUCAAUAAGGUCGAGAGGCGAAAUCAAAUUGCAGAGGGGAACCUUCGCUCCACAGCUAAUAGCAAGAGUGAAUCGGACAAGCGGAUUAUUAGAAUUCUCAGUGACAAGUUAGCCGCGCGGGACAAGGAAAUCUUCCGUUUGAAAGCCACAAUUAGUUUAUCUUCGAAGCAACAUCCCGUGUACAACGCGAGUUUUGGAUGUCAAGUUGGCCCCGAGGUCUCCAGUGCGGAAACCCAGACGGAAGUAGCUGAAAUCGUCGAUAUCGAACCUGCUCCGCGGACAGAGGAGGACAAUGAAACGGCGGACAUAUCAUGUGAAAGAGACGACUCACUUAUUUUGCUAGAUGAAGACAACACGAACGAAGACGAGCCGAUGGAUGACGAUCAGUACUUCCACAAGUUGAUAGCGGAAGAUAAACUGCAGAAGGAAGUGGAGGAGGCACAGAGAAGAAAGGAAGUGCAAAUGAAGGAAGGCGAAUGUAGAGAACUUGCCGAAGAAGUACAAGAGAUGGAGCGCAUUUUACAAGUAUACCCACAUCGUCACUUUGGCGAAGCUCCUGACGGAACGCACACGCGCACUACUCAGAUUCGUGCCCUAGGGUGA